AUGACUCAAAGAGCUUUCUUCAAGGUGAUAGACUUCUGUAAGUUUCGUCGUGUAAAUGUUCUGAGUGCGAGGGAUGCCACCAGCCGAUACUCUGGGGCUCGCUUCUGUGCUGCUGCUGUUGGCUUUCUGACAGUUUCCAGUGUCAUUACCAUGUCAGCCCCUUUCUUUCUGGGUAAAGUUAUUGACGUUAUUUAUACAAAUCCCAGUGAAGACUUCACUGACAGCCUGACCAGCCUGUGUGCCUUGCUGAGUGGAAUCUUUUUAUGUGGUGCUGCUGCUAAUGCUACUCGUGUCUACCUCAUGCAGACUGCAGGACAACGAAUUGUGAAACGUUUGAGAACAACCAUGUUCUCCUCUAUUCUGAAGCAAGAAAUGGCUUUCUUUGACAAGACCAGAACAGGAGAGCUGAUAAACCGCUUAUCUUCAGAUACAGCCCUCUUGGGCCGUUCAGUGACUGAAAACCUUUCAGAUGGGCUCAGGGCAGGAGCACAGGCAUCUGUGGGGGUUGGAAUGAUGUUUUUUGUGUCACCUAGCCUUGCUGCAUUUGUUCUGAGCGUUGUGCCACCCUUGGCUGUUCUGGCUGUGAUUUAUGGAAGAUACUUGCGAAAACUUACUAAAAUGACCCAAGAUUCUCUUGCAGAAGCAACACAGUUAGCUGAAGAGCGUAUUGGAAACAUAAGAACUGUUCGAGCUUUUGGGCAAGAAGUGGCUGAAAUGGAGAAGUAUACAAAUAAAGCUGAUUAUGUGCUACAGCUGGCUAAAAAAGAGGCACUAGCUCGGGCAGGCUUCUUUGGAGCAACUGGCCUUUCUGGAAACUUAAUUGUCCUCUCAGUCUUAUACAAAGGAGGAUUACUAAUGGGCAGUGCCUACAUGACAGUUGGUGAACUCUCAUCUUUCCUAAUGUAUGCCUUCUGGGUUGGAAUAAGCAUUGGAGGUCUAAGUUCCUUUUAUUCCGAACUAAUGAAAGGACUAGGUGCCGGUGGACGUCUAUGGGAACUUAUUGAAAGGAAGCCCCAACUUCCAUUUAAUGAGGGAAUCAUACUAGGCAAAGAGACAUUCAGAGGUGCUUUGGAAUUCAAGGAUGUUGAGUUUGCAUAUCCAAUACGUCCAGAAACAGCCAUUUUCAAAGAUUUUAGCCUUUCCAUUCCAGCUGGCUCUGUUAUGGCUUUGGUUGGCCCAAGUGGUACAGGGAAAUCAACUAUUGUAUCCCUUCUGCUGAGGCUGUAUGAUCCUAUCUCAGGUACUAUCACCGUUGAUGGCUUUGAUAUCCGUCAGUUAAAUCCACUGUGGUUCAGGACAAAGAUUGGAACAGUGAGUCAGGAACCAAUUCUGUUCUCCUGUUCUAUUGCUGAAAAUAUUGCCUAUGGUGCAGAGGAUCCUUCUACUGUGACUGAAGAGGAGAUUCAGAAAGUUGCUGAAAUAGCUAAUGCUGCUAGCUUUAUCAGAGAUUUUCCAAAAGGGUUUGACACUGUAGUUGGAGAAAAAGGCAUUCUGCUUUCAGGUGGACAGAAGCAACGAAUUGCAAUUGCUCGAGCUCUGCUCAAGAAUCCUAAAAUUCUUCUGUUAGAUGAAGCAACAAGUGCUUUGGAUGCUGAAAAUGAAUAUCUAGUGCAAGAAGCUCUGGAGCGGCUGAUGGAAGGGAGGACAGUCCUAAUUAUUGCUCAUCGUCUGUCUACUAUUCAGAAUGCUGAUUUUGUUGCAGUCCUUGGCCAGGGUAAAAUUCUUGAAUGUGGAAAACAUGAGGAACUACUUGCAAAUCCAAAUGGACUUUUCAGGAAACUAAUGCAGAAACAAGCUUUUCUUCAGAAUAGUGAUACUUUUGCAUUAGAUUUACAAUCCAGAGAAAAGGAUGUAUUAAAAGAAAAUGUAUGAGAGAAUGUAUGAAUAAUGGAGGCUUACAAACUACAAAGAAUAUAACUUAUGUUUCAGUUAUGUAAAGUAAAUGUUAUAUUUUUCCAAAAUGUACAAAAUAUCUUUUGAAACUUAAAUGUGUUUAAACUUUUUAUUGAAAGCUUUCUAAUAAUUAUUGCAACUUUUUAAAAUGUCUAUCACAUUGAGAUAAUUUUAGUGUAUAGAUUUUUCUGCUUUGUGUUAAUUGAGACCAUUUAGAAUCUUGUUUGCUGUAAUGCACUGUAUGAUGAUGUGCUGCAUUCUCAAGUAAGUUCAGUACUUUAAGGGUAA